CAAGCUUCUGGAUUCCUGUAUCCUUUGGAAAAAGGCUUCCUCUAUAUACACAAACCACCUAUGUAUAUACGAUUUGAAGAGGUUGCAUCUGUUCACUUUGCUCGUUCGGAUGUCUCAACGCGAUCCUUCGACUUUGAAAUUGAGCUCAAAUCUGGUCAAGUGCUCGUUUUCAACAGCGAUAAGAACUAUGCGGAAGAUCGUUUUGCUGGCUCGGAUGAUGAAAUCGAUCCGUACAAGGAAACGGUUAAAGCAGAAGGAAAGGAGCGCACAGGCGCAGAAAGUGAUGAUGACUCAGAUUCUGAAGACGACGAUUAUGACCUUGACGAAGAUAUCAAGAAACGGAAGGAAGACCGCGACUCUAGCGAGGGAAGCGGUUCAGAGCCUGAGGAAGAGUUUGACUCUGAUGCUGGAUCUAGCGAGAGUGCCACCGGUGGUGGCUCAGAUGCCGAGGAAGCACCCAAAAAGAAGAAGAAGAAGGAGAAGGAGCCAAAAGAGAAGAAGGAACGUAAGGAAAGGAAGGAGGGUAAGAAGGGAAAGCGUGAAAAAGAUCCAAAUGCACCGAAGAGAGCUCAGUCUGCCUACUUCCACUGGCUUAACGAAAAUAGAACAAAGAUCAAAAAGGAAGGCGAUACUGUGGCUGAUGUAGCUAAACGUGCUGGAGAGAUGUGGAAGAAUAUGGACGCUGAAGCGAAAGAGGUGAAAGAAUAUUUCUGUUCCAUCAAGCAUUAA